AUGGGAGAUUCGCAUCGAUGCUCUGUCCAUCUUGUCCUCGGCAGUGGCGCAGUUGCCGAUGUGUUAUUGUGGAAAAAUUGGUUUGGGAGUGCUGCUCUGCUUAUCGGUUGGUUAUUAUUUGAAAGAGCCGACUGUAAUCUCUUAUCAUUUAUUUCAAAUGUCUUAUUAUUGCUUGUAGUGAUCUUAUUCUUCUGGGCCAAAUCUGCAUUGCUUCUCAAUAGACCUCAGCCUCCUGUACCUAAUCUUGACAUUUCUGAGGAAUCUGUUGUGAAAGGCGCUGAUGAGAAGCUAGUUUAUGUGAAUGGAGCAUUAUCGAUUGCACNUCAUUUCUGUGAUUUUAGACCUCUGUUUCCUGUUCCUAAUCUUGACAUUUCUGAGGAAUCUGUUGUGAAAGGCGCUGAUGAGAUGCUAGUUUAUGUAAAUCGAGCAUUAUCCAUUGCACAUGACAUUGCCAUUGGUGGAAACUUGAGACUCUUUGUUCUGGUGAUUUACACAGUUUAA